CAAAUAUAAAAGGUCCCGCCGUCACCUUGUCAGCUCAAGGUUGCGCCAGAGAAUAGGUAUCAUUGACCAUGAGUGGUGACUGCUUGGUGUUUUGAAAUAAAGUAUAUUUAAGUACGAUCUAAGAAUAUCACCUGUACAAAAAUAUGGAGAAUGAUGAGUUUGUACUUACUGAUAGUACAAAGAAGAUUAAAGCUAUAAUCCUAAUUGGUGGUCCAUGUAAAGGAACUCGCUUUAGGCCACUUUCAUUAGAACUACCCAAACCACUUUUCCCAAUAGCUGGGUUUCCAGUUGUUUAUCAUCACAUUGAAGCAUUUUCUAAGUUACCAGGAUUAAGGGAAAUUAUUCUUUUGGGAUUUUAUCAACCAAAUGAAGCUCUCAAUCAGCUUAUUUCAAAUGCCCAGCACGAAUUCAAAGUUUCUGUUCGAUAUUUACAAGAGUUCACAUCGCUUGGAACAGCUGGAGGUAUAUAUCAAUUCCGUGAUCAAUUAUUAUCUGGAUCUCCGGAUUUGUUAUUUGUGAUGAACGGUGAUGUUUGCUGUGAUUUACCUCUUGAGGAAAUGCUGGAAUUUCACAAAUGCUUGGGUACCGGAGAUCGAUUUCUGAUUAUGGCAACUGAAGCGACACGUCAACAAUCUAUGAAAUUUGGUUGUAUUGUUGAAGACCCUAACACUCAUGAAGUUAUGCAUUAUGUUGAAAAGCCAGCAACUUUCGUCAGCACAACAAUCAAUUGUGGCCUUUACCUGUUUACUCCGGGAAUAUUUAAAUUUAUUCGUAUAGCUUUUCUUGAACAUCAAAAUCAACUAAAUUAUGAUUUAAGACCUUCAUGCAAAGAAACUAUUCAUUUAGAAAGAGAAAUAUGUCAACCUUUGGCUGGAAGUGGGACUUUAUUCGUUUAUCACACUAAUCGGUUCUGGAGUCAAAUCAAAUUUGCUGGUGCCGUAAUCUAUGCUAAUCGUCAUAUAUUGUCACUAUAUGAGAGAACUCAUCCUCAUCGACUUGCUAAAAUGACUAUGUCAAGUUCAUCGAACUUACAAAUGCUAGAUGAUCCGAUGAAUUCAUCAUUAGUUAUGAUGAACGGAGAUCACGAACCAUCCGUUUGUGGGCCGAUUAUAAUUGGUCACGUAUUCAUACAUCCAACUGCUUCAAUCGAUCGAACCGCUGUUAUAGGACCUAACGUGAGUAUAGGUGAGCGAGCUGUAAUAGAAGCAGGUGUACGUCUACGAGAAUGCAUUGUACUCAGAGAUGUUAAGAUUCGUGCACAUGCUUGUUGCCUGAAUGCAGUAAUCGGAUGGAAUACAGUUAUCGGGGAAUGGGCUCGUGUUGAAGGUACACCCAAUGAUCCAAAUCCUAAUAAGCAAUUUACCAAACUUGAAGUUUUACCGGUUUUUAAUGUUAAAGGUCAAUUAAAUCCAUCCAUUACUGUGAUUGGUUCUAAUGUAGAAAUCCCUCCGGAAGUUAUUGUUCUCAACUGCAUAGUCCUACCGCAUAAGGAAUUAUCACAAAGUGCUAGAAAUCAAAUUAUUUUGUGAUAUACAUAUAACCACAGAUAUGUGUAUGUCGACCGCUAGGCAAUAUUGUAUACUUUCGGGCAACUGACAAUUAAUAUGUGUUUGAUCUGCUUGUUUAUUCAUUGAUUUUUUUUCUAUUAGGAUGCUCAAUUAAUGUUUGUUAAAUAAAAUUUACUAAAGCUUGUAUAUUUUUGUUGUAUUUUCUUUUCUCUGAAAAAAAACAACUAUUUACUCUAUGCCUACUUAAAAGUGACAAAUAUGAUAAAAUUUCUUUUCGGUUAAUUCGUUAUGAUUUAUUUACUAUAUGUUUUGCUUUUUUUUUGAAAACCAAACUAUAAUUUGAUUAAAAAAUUUAUCUGUUUUGAUUCUAAAGUUUUUGUGUAAUUUGACUGAUCCUGUUUUGUGUUAAUUGGUAUUGCACGAUGGUAGUUUUACGUAGAAAGUAGCGUUUCUAUACUUCUACAUAUUAUUUUAUGAAUACCCUUAUCUUAUGAAUAUCUUUAUCUUAAUCAAUAUGGAAAAUGUUAUAUCAAUGUUAUUGUUUUUUUUUUAAAUUCUAAUUAUUGAUUGUUUUUUCUAGUUCAGCCUUUUUGUUUCAUUUGUCUGUCAUGGUUCUAGUAUGCUUUAAAAGUACUGAGGACUACCUUGUUCAAUGCUCAAAUAAUGAAUUAUUCACUAACUUGAUUAAAUAAGACUUUCGUUAAAUUCUUAGAA